AUGUCUGGCCCCGGAUAUGACGCCGUCGUGGACGUGGAUGACGAGGGGGAUCUCGGCCACACGGAUCUUCAGGAAGAUCUCGAAUUCCACAACUCCGACUUCAACGCAGCACCCAGUGGCCGCAAAGGUCCUUCGUCGACCCUCCCGCCACCCGUGACGAGCGCAUCCUCGUCCUCCUCCAAGCGCUUCCUCUGGACCGUGUCAUUUUACGCCCAAUUCUUCGACGUCGACACCUCGGCCGUCCUCUCCCGCUGCUGGGCCGCCCUCUUCCCGCGCGCAAACUUUCUCGAUGUGCUCGAAGGCAACCCUGACCUGUACGGGCCCUUUUGGAUCGCCACGACAGUGGUGUUGAUUCUGUUCCUCGGCGGGACAAUCAGCCAGUAUCUUUCGUCGACGGGCAUGACACCUUUCGCAUACGACUUUCGGCUUCUGAGCGGUGCCGCUGGUCUCAUCUACGGAUACACCCUCUUCAUUCCCGUCGCCCUCUUCCUCGCUCUCCGAUACUUUGGCAGCGAAUCGGCCAACCUGCUCGAGUGCUGGGCACUGUACGGCUACUCCAACCUAGUCUGGAUCGCAGUCGCCGCAAUCAGCUGGUCGCCCGUCACGAUUCUUAACUGGAUUUUUGUCGGCCUAGGUUUCGGAAUGUCGGUCGCCUUCCUCGUUCGCAACCUGUACCCAGUUUUGAGCGCCACCGACCGUCAGGUCAGCAAGUCGCUGCUCAUCAUCGUUGUGCUCCUACACGCCGGCCUAUCGCUCACCAUAAAGAUCCUCUUCUUCGCCCAUGGCAGCCCUGUGGCAUCGACUCCCGUCGACGCCCCCUCUGGCCAACCGACCGGGCCGACAGACCCGACAGGGCCGGCUGGAAACCAAACGGAGCCCAUAGGCAGCCGCAUGCUCUUGCUGUAA